AAUCAAGGGUCUCAAUGAAGGCAGUGUCAGCAUGUUUCUGUUAUGGGCUUCACUGUUUCUUCUUCACCAAGGGCAUUGUUUGGUCCCAGUGGUCACGGUUCAACUUGGUGAACCUGUGACUUUGUCUUGUGCUUUUUCGGAGAGACUUCAGGGCACAUGGCUUCACUGGUACAAACAGAGUGCAGGAGGUACUCUAAAAUUCAUUGUGAUGCAACAGAAAACCAUAGACCCAAAAUACGAUCCAAAUGCACCUGCUUCAAGAAUGAAAGCAACAAUUGAUGACAAACUCGGCAAUCUAACGAUUAUGGAGACAGUUCUACAAGAUGAAGGAAUGUAUCACUGUGCUCGAAUGGACUGGACUGAAUCUAUUUGGAGUGGAACUUACUUGUCAAUAAAAGGAAAAUCUGAGAGGACAAUAAGCUACACUGUUCUUCAGAACCCAGUUUCUGAUCCCGCCCGUCCAGCAGACUCAGAGAAUCUUCAGUGUUCAGUCGUCUCUGAGUCUGAGGACAAAGCCUGUUCAGGAGAACUCAAUGUGUUCUGGUUUAGAACCGGAUCAGAACAGUCACAUCCAGAAAUCAUCUACACUAAUGACAAAGAACUGCAUAUUUGUGAGAACACAUUGACAUCAAAUGCUCAGAAAAAAUGUAGUUACAGCUUUUCUAAGAACUUCAACUCCUCUGAUACAUUGUACUGUGCUGUGGCAACAUGUGGAGAGAUAUUAUUUGGAAAAGAAACUAAACCAACAGCAGAUCAAUCACCAAGUUCUAAAGUUAAUGUGCUGAUGAUCAUAAUAAUCUGCUUGGCCAUUUCCUUCACUAUAAAUAUUUUUUUUAUCUGUCACCGAACUCAAAGAUCACUAUGUAGAAACUUUAAAGAAAAACAUAAUGAGAAUCAACCGGAUAAUUUUACUAAAGAUGGACAAGAAAUGAACUACGCUGCCUUGCAUUUCGAUGAGGGAAAAACUUCAAGACGAAAGAUAAAAACACAAUUGAAAACUGAAGAAAGUGUGUAUUCACAGGUCAAAUAUGAAGUUGUAAAUGCUCAGUAUUUAUAUGAACAACAAAAUGUAGAUUCAAAUCUAUCUGCAGCAAGAUUUGAGAAAUAAUAAAUUGAGAUAUCAUAAUUUACUAAUGCAUCAUCUUGUUUAAACAACUUAAAAACAAAGAAACUCAAACUGCCCUGAUUGCAAAAGCACCACAUUUCUUUUUUCUGGGGUUUGGCAGCAGUUUGAUGUAAUAAAUCUUUGCACUAUAAAUAUCUGCACACUUCUAGAAAACUGUAAAACUCCCUUUAAAUUAAAGCUACAGUCCUAUUUGUUGCUAUUGAAUAAAAAUGGAAAAAUCA